AUGGCGCAAGAAAAUGGUGAACUCCAUGUAGUUUUCAUUCCAUACUUGACACCAAGUCAUAUGAUCCCUUUAGUUGAUACAGCUAGACUUUUUGCUAGCCAUGGUGUCAAAGUUAGUAUUAUCACCACCCCCUACAACGCCCUCCUUUUCGAGUCCUCUAUCGAUUAUGUCAUCGAUUUAGGCCACAAAAUCUUUGUCCACAAACUCAAGUUCCCAUCAGCUGAAGUAGGCAUACCCGAAGGGAUUGAGAACUUCAGUGCAGCCACUACCACAGAAAUGGCUACGGGUGUAUUUAUGGGUAUUGCUUUGCUGCAAAAACCCAUGGAAGAUCUUAUCUUUGAGCUUCGUCCUCAUUGCAUUGUUUCAGACCUGUUCUUUCCAUGGACUGUGGAUGUAGCUGAGCAACUGAAGAUACCUAGACUAAUGUUUUAUCCGACAAAUGUUAUGUUCCAUUGUGUGGAACAUUGUUUGAAGUUGUAUACCCCUCAUGAGAAGGUAAGUUCAGAUUUGGAAAGUUUCUUGGUUCCGGGUUUACCAGAUAAGAUCGAUAUGAAAAGAUCUCAACUACCAGAUGAUGUGAAAACCAAACCUGAAGGCCCAUACUGGGAUUUGAUGAAGAGAAUUAAAGAAUCAGAACCUCGGAGCUAUGCCAUGAUUCAUGACACUAUCUAUGAUCUAGAGCCUAGUUAUGCUGAGCUUUAUCAGAAAAUCAAAGGUAAGAAACCAUGGCUUAUUGGUCCUUUGUUUCAUUUUUCAAAGAGAGAAGAGGCAAUUAGCAAAUCAAGAAACACUGCAGUUCAAAAGCGACACAGCAGCCUAAGUUGGCUUGAUUCUCAAAAACAAAACUCAGUUGUGUACAUUUGUUUUGGAAGUAUGGGGAGGUUUUCUGAUGCUCAGCUCACUGAAAUUGCCCUGGCUCUUGAGGCCUCAGAUUCGUCGUUUCUUUGGGUGGUGAGAAAGGGAGACAACACCCAAGAAAAUGAGCAAGAAAGCUGGCUGCCAAUUGGCUUUGAACAAAAGAUGCUUACAAACAACAAAGGUUUGAUAGUCAGAGGUUGGGUUCCACAGCUGAAGAUUUUGAACCAUCCAGCAACUGGAGCGUUCAUGACUCACUGUGGCUGGAAUUCCACUUUGGAAUCUCUCACAGCCGGAGUGCCAAUGCUUACAUGGCCCUUGUUUGCGGAGCAGUUUUACAAUGAGAAGCUGGUGGAGCUUCUUGGAUGUGGGGUUGGGGUUGGGGCAGAGGUGUGGCACUUUACCUUUGACAUAAAGGAUACAAUUGUCAACAAGGAAAAGAUAGAGGAGAGCAUGAAAAUGUUAAUGAGCACCUCCAUGGAAAGUGAAAAGAUCAGAAGUAGAGCAAAAAACAUUGAAGCAAUGGUUAAGAGGGCUGUAGAAGAAGGCGGCUCAUCUUAUAAUCAUCUAACAGCAGUAAUACAUGAGCUCAAGUGUCAUGCUUUUGGCACAUUGGGAAAGUAAUCCAAAGUUCAAUGUUCUGACCUCUCCUAAAUUUUUCCAAAAUAUGCAUCAAGGAUGCUGACCUCGCUUGUAUCACAAGACAGAAUACAAGG